AUGACUAACGAACGUCGAUUAAAUCUCUUACAAGUGUUACCGAUUAUCGAUUUACAACAAUUACUUACAUUUGCUAAUUCGUCUCGUUCUGGAAAACGUCAUGAACUCAUUGAACGUUGUGCACAAAUAUUAAAAUCAACACCAGUGGAUCAUACUCCAUUUCGAGAUAAAAUAGAUGAACUGUACAAUAAACGUUUUGAACAAGGUGAUAUGGUCACUAUUCCUUAUUCAAGAGAUCAAAAUCAAACUCGAUUACAUAAUCAAAUUGGCUCAAACACAUCCGCGGGUCAAAUUGAUCGUGAUAUUAGAUUUUCUAAAUUUACCUUCAAUGAAGAUCUAUGUCAAGUUUCACCGUGUAUUCAAAUAUUACCGACAAAUCAAUUACAACAAUCAUCGUCUCAUUCGACUAAACAGACUCAUGUUUCAUUCUAUUUUAUUCUAAAUGUCCAACAAGCAUCCGAUGUAUCAACGUCGACCUACUUCAAUACUGAUUCACAACGUCUCGAAUAUCGAAAACAAAUUCUUUUACGUUUUACAACCGUAGAAAAGGGUUACACAGGUGAACAGCCAGAUAAAUUACCGCCCAAUUUAUAUGUACUGGUGAAUGGAAGAGUAGUCACAUUGCCCCUACCGAAACCUACAUCGAAACCAAAUGCGGAUGUUGUCAGACCGGGCCGUCCAAUUGAUAUUACUGAAUAUUGUCGUUUAUGUCCUCUAAUAUCAAAUCUCGUUGAAAUAUCUUGGUUUGGUCAAGAUACUUCACAAUCUUACGGCACAUUUGUCGCUGUCGUUUUUAUAACACAACGUAUGACUGUUAAUAAUUUAAUCUCACGUCUAAAUAAACAAUCGACCCGUGAUGCAUCAGAUACACAGAGACAAAUUAUUCAAACAUUGCAAGUUGGUUCCGAUGAUCCCGAAGUUGCAUCAACAUCACUUCGUCUACCAUUAGAAUGUCCAACAAUUCGAGUACGGAUGAAAAUGCCUGGACGAGCAACAUCUUGCAAGCAUGUGCAUUGUUUUGAUAUCGAUGCUUACUUAAAGAUGAAUGAAAAACGUCCAACAUGGUUAUGUCCCGUUUGUAACAAACCGGCAUUGUAUCAAGACUUGUUUGUUGAUCAAUUUUUCGUCGAUAUUAUUGAACAAUGUCCGAUACAAGCAAAGUGGAUCGAAUAUGAUGUCAACGGUCAAUGGAAGCCAAUAUGUGAAGAGAAAAAAACGAGGGGAGGUGGAGGGAUAAGUAAAUCCGGAAUGGAUACAUCAAAACAUACAAAUGGAACAACGAAGAUGAAUGGUGGUGAUAAAACUGUGGAGUUGUGUGAAUGUACUUCCAAUUCACAAUCAGAUAAUGACGACGACACUAACGGAAGAAUAAAAUCAACCGACGUAUCAUCACAUUCCAAACAACAUCAGCAGCCACAGGAUAUUCCAUUGAUUGAACUGGACGAUGAUUGA